AUGCGGGCAAUACCAACAACUACGACAGUCUUAUUAUUAGCUCUGGUCUGGGUUAUAAAUGCUCAGAAGUCAAUUAACUGGGCAGGGUAUCGAUGGUUCCUGCGAGACGAUCAAAAUAGUGGACCAGGUCCGAACAAUUGGAACUCGAGUAAUGUAUGGGUCGAUGCAAAUAACAAACUUCAUUUGACACUUCGUUAUUCACCUACAACACGUGGAUGGACAUGUGCUGAAUUAUACAGCGAUACAAAAUUUGGUUUCGGCACUUUUCGAUGGUUUGUAGAAGGAGCAAUUGAUCAAUUUGAUCCUAAUGUAGUAUUGGGUCUAUUUACUUAUGGAGGUGUUGAUCGUACCAAUGAAAUUGAUAUCGAAGUAGCUAAAUGGGGUCAAACAGAUCCAGAAGCACCGAAUUUUUCUUAUACAGUCUAUCCCGCUACAUUAGGUAUUGCUGAAGUAUCAUCCGAGACACGUAUAUCUCUGCAAGGAACGUAUACGACUCAUCAAUUUACUUGGAGUCGUGAUAAGGUUUCUUUUCUAAGUCAACAUGGUUUUAUGACUUUACCAAAUCAAAAUAUUUUGUAUUCAUAUCAAACACCAGGAACAUUUACAUCAUCAAUGCCUUAUAUUCGUGCUCCUCUACAUAUGAACUUAUGGAUGUUUAAUGGUACACCACCAACUGAUGGUAACAGCGUAGAAAUAAUUAUUCAUAAUUUCAAGUAUACUAAAGCAUAA